AUGGCAAAUCCGCGUUUCCCUGUGCCGAAAGGCACCGAAACUGUGAAUGUCCGAAUCAUAGAUACAACCACAAGACUAGGAAAGCUCCCGCUGGACUUCCUCAUGCAGCCCGCCAUGAAAGGAAUGCAAUGCAUGCCUGACCUGCCAUCGUGGUCGUUCCUGAUUGAGCAUGCAUCCGGCCAAAAGCUGCUCUAUGAUCUCGGUGUGCCGAAAGCAUGGCGGUCGCUUUCGCCCUUCAUUCUUCAAAUUCUUGAAGGCAUGCCAACGGAGAUAUCUGUCGAGAACGAUGUGAUUGAUAUUUUGAAGCAAGAUAAGAUCGAGGCAGAUCAAAUUUCCGGCAUCAUUUGGAGUCAUUGGCAUUUCGAUCACGUUGGUGAUCCGUCAUUGUUUCCACCAUCGACUGAUUUGAUUGUUGGUCCUGGCUUCAAGGACACAUUCUGUCCCGGGUAUCCAGCUUCACCGGGCUCGCCUAUUCGUGAAUGCGAUCUUGCUGGAAGGAGUCUACGGGAGAUCGACUUUUCCAAGGGCACUAAAACGGGACGCUUCCGUGCCUUUGACUUCUUUGGAGAUGGUUCGUUUUAUUUAGUCGACACUCCAGGGCAUGCUGUGGGUCAUCUGGGCGCACUGGCUAAAACCACAACUAAUCCGGAUACUUUCAUUUUCAUGGGAGGUGAUUUGUGUCAUCAUGGAGGUGGGAUUCGACCCUCCAAGCAUAUGUCCAUCCCCUCCGAUCUUUCGGCCGCAAUGCCUGCUGCGCUGUUUCCAUGUCCUGGGGCAGAAAAGUAUGAGAAGUUGCUUCUUGAGCGGAGUGGCGCCCUGGAUAGACCGUUCUUCCACCCGGCACCUAUGGUUGGGACUGAUUUUGCUGAGACUGUCAAAACGAUUGAGAAAGCUCAAGAGGCGGAUGCAGAGAGCAACAUCUGGUUUGUUUCUGCGCACGAUCCCAGUUUGUUGGGACUUGUUGAUUUCUUUCCGUUGCGGGCGAACGACUGGAAAGAAAGGAAAUGGCGAGAGCAGACACUUUGGGCAUUUCUCCGGGAUUUUGAUGAAGCCAUUGGUGUGAAGUAG